CACGUUCUAGAUUCAGUGCAUUGAAUUAACAGUAAGCAGCAGUACGUACUUACUGUACUUUCUUCGAUAUUUCGCAAUCUUUUGUAAUCAGCCUGAAAAAUUGACAGUACAAAUUAUUUAAUUACACAUAAAUUAACUUAUUAAUUGAAUAUUAAAAUAUUAAAAUGCCGGUACACAUUCCUUGGCCAGCAACAGUUGCAGUGGUUCUUCCAAAUCUUGGUGGAUGGGCUGGGGCAUUUGUGACUCGGCAAAACAUCAGUCCAUGGUACAAGACGUUAAAUAAGCCAGCAUGGACACCUCCGAACUGGAUGUUUGGACCGGUAUGGACUGGUUUGUACUGCUCAAUGGGUUAUGCCUCGUACCUGGUGUACCGUGAUGGAGGAGGUUUUGAAAAUGCUGCAGUUCCUUUGUCUAUUUAUGGAGCAAACGUAGCCCUUAAUUGGAUCUGGACUCCUAUAUUUUUUGGAGCUCAUAAUAUUAAAUUGGCCUUGUACGAGAUCGUAGCACUCUGGGGAUCAACAGUAGUCCUAGGGAUAAGUUUCUUCAAAGUAAAUAAACUCGCCGGUGGACUGAUAAUGCCUUACUUAGCUUGGACCACCCUCGCUGCUGCUCUAAACUACUCUGUUUAUCGGAAUAAUAAAAUCACUGAUGUGACAGACGAAAAAGAGAAGUAAAGAAUCGCUAGUUUAAAUAUAAAUAACUUAAAUUUUAGAUGCACAUAUUUUAAUAUUGCUUUUCGGCCACUACAAACCCACAACGCAUUCCAGGAUUUAUGUAUAUAAUAUUAAUAUUAUAUGAUAUACACUGGUGACACUGUUUAUGGUGUACAUAUUUUUUUAUUACUUUAUAAGAAAUAAAUGUGAGUUGGCCAACCACUGAUUGAUUACAGUA